UGGUGCCACGGUUGUCCUGAGAGCCCUGAGCCGGGGAGUCCUUCCUCCUCCCCUCAGGACCGGGAGGGGCCUGGCCGACGGCAAGGCGCUGCCACAGCCCGGGCGAGCGGCGGAACCCGGCUCCUUCCCUAGCCCGCCCCCUCGGAGCCCGGCGCCGCGCUAGGGUUCACCCCAUAGGCUGGGCCAGGCCCGAUAGCCGCCCGACAGCCAAUCGCCGCUGUUUGCUGGGGCCCGGCCCCGGACUGACAGGGCUGGCAGCGAAUGGGAGGGGCCGGGCAGGGACGGACGGCAUCUGGGCCGGGGACCGAAGUUGGGGUCGGAGGGCCUGGCCAUGGGGGCAGGGCGGCGGCCCUGAGGGAGCAGUGCCACUUUGGAGAAAUAUAACCUUGCUGCCCCACUGACUGGCUGGAAGUAUUGGCUCCUCUACACCUCUCCCUACCCUAUUUCAGUGUAGCUUGGUGGGGGAAGAAAAGCAGCAGACGGGCCGCAAAGAAAUUUUUUUGUGCUUUACUGAACUAAUUGUGGCUUGUCCAAGAAAACAGGAUGGCUGGGAAGAAGUGGUACCAAGUUACAGACAAGGCGGUUCCAGCAGGGUCCAAGUCUCUUCUGUAAAGAGAAGUUACAGUAUCAAAACAGCUGAAAAGUAAACAUUCCAAUCAACCAAAAUGGAAGGAGGCAACAGUCCAAAUCUGCAACUUCAGCAGCUCCCAUUGGCCACAGCAGCAGUUUCAGUGCAGCCACACACUGACUCCUUUUCUUACAAGGAGAACUUGAUUGGUGCGUUACUAGCUAUUUUUGGGCAUCUUGUUAUCAGUAUUGCACUCAACCUCCAGAAAUACAGCCACAUCCGGCUGGCAGGUUCCAAAGACCCCCGAGCCUACUUCAAAACCAAGACGUGGUGGUGUGGACUGUUUCUGCUGGUGCUGGGAGAACUGGGAGUGUUUUCCUCCUACGCCUUUGCUCCUCUUUCACUGAUUGUGCCACUCAGUGCAGUGUCUGUUAUAGCCAGUGCAAUCAUAGGAAUUAUAUUUAUUAAAGAAAAAUGGAAGCCCAAGGAUUUUUUGAGGCGCUAUGUUUUGUCCUUUGUAGGCUGUGGUUUGGCAAUUGUUGGAACUUACCUGCUGAUAACAUUUGGACCUAAUAGUCAUGAGAAGAUGACAGGAGAAAAUAUCACUAGGCAUUUAGUGAGCUGGCCAUUUCUGUUGUACAUGCUUGUGGAGAUCAUCGUAUUCUGCCUGCUACUAUAUUUUUACAAGGAGAAAAAUGCAAACUACAUUGUAGUUAUUCUCCUGCUGGUAGCUUUGCUAGGUUCCAUGACUGUUGUGACUGUGAAGGCUGUGGCAGGCAUGAUUGUUGUCUCGAUACAAGGAAACUUACAACUCGACUACCCCAUAUUUUAUAUCAUGUUGGUGUGCAUGAUUGCGACAGCGAUCUUUCAAGCAACGUUUUUAGCUCAAGCAUCACAGCUGUAUGACUCAUCUCAGAUUGCCAGCAUCGGCUAUAUCCUGUCCACAACAGUAGCAAUCACAGCAGGAGCAACUUUUUACUUGGACUUCACCGGUGAGGAUGUUCUGCAUAUAUGUAUGUUUGCGCUUGGAUGCCUCAUAGCAUUUCUAGGUGUCUUCCUGAUCACAAGAAAUAGGAAGAAGUCUAUCCCAUUUGAACCGUACAUAUCAAUGGAUGCUAUGCCAGGCAUGCAGAACAUGCACGAUAAAGGGAUUGCAGUUCAGCCUGACCUCAAAGCUUCUUUUUCCUACGGUGCCCUAGAGAACAAUGACAACAUGCCGGAAAUCUAUACUCCAGCUACACUGCCGAUUGUGCAGGAGCAGCAUGGUUCCAAAGGAGUUUCUGCUCCACCCUACAGGGUGCUGGAGCACAGCAAAAAGGAUAAACUGCCCAGAUUCUCCACAGCCUUGCAGCCUGAGCACUGACUGACUUCUGGCCUGACCUUUCUGUUUGUCAGAGAGCCCUCAGUUGUCAGCACAUGGCUGUGUUCUGCUCUGAGUGAAAUUUCCUCCAGCCAUAACCUGAGCUUAUGUAUUAUUAUGCUGUUUUGGCCCUUUUCUUUCAAAGACUCUAAAGGCAAGAGUCUUGCUCCAAAGUUUUAUAUAACCAUGUUUUAUUUACAGUCUGUGUGUUUAAAUAGUUCUACUUAAUGAUGACAGCUCCCUUUACCUGCAGCGAGAGUUGCUUGUGGAAACUUCCUGACAAAGGACUCCAAGGGAGGUGAUGUCUGUUUCUACAGCACAUAAAUCACUAUUUUUGAUUAUGCUGUGGUGCCACAUCGGUAGAGCCUGAGGUGCUCCUUGGGCUGUAGGUCUCAACUCAAUGCACUGAUGUUGUAAGGGUCACAUUUUCCCCCUGUGUUAGGCACUGUAAGCACAGUAGAAGGACUGCCAGACUGCACCUUGCUCCUGCUUGCUGCCUGUGUUCAAUACUUGAAUUUUAAAAUGCAGGGGGGUGUUUGUAUUUUAGGCACUUCCCCCUUUCCUGCUUUUUCUCCCUAGCUUCCAAAAGAUUGUAUUUUCUGCUCUUCAUCACAGUCUUGCAGCCGCUGCCUCUGUUGCUGAGAAGGCAUGAACAGGGCCCCUAGAAGCUAAACAUCUGUUUAAAUAUGAUUGUAGGACUUCUGUGGUCUUCUAACAGGGGGAGGGUAUAGCUCAGGAUUGAAAUAAACUCCAUACCUCCCUUCUAGUUCAGAGUUUACAAGCUGAAAACAGGAAGCUAUUUGUACCCUCAAGUCUAUCCUUUUUACAGAAUAUUUGUUAGUCUGAGGUGACAAUGGCCAUGCCCAGGAUUGCAGCAAACAUUUACAGCUAAACAGCACAUGAAGAUGUAAAGGAGAGGAGCCCUGUGCCGCAUUCUAGUCCUUGCAGCGUGAAAAAUAAUCUGUUGGUGUACAGCACACUUUAACAUGUAUGUGUCAAAAUUCCAGUUUAUCUAGGGCUGAUCCUGAGAGAGGCAGGGCGCUGUGAAGAGCAGAGUAUGCUUAGAUUUCCAAAUGUGCAGCAUUUUUCAGCAUCAAGAGCUGAAAAAGUAUGCACAAAAAUAAAGUGACUGCUGUCUCCUUUACUAAGCUGGUGGAAUAGCUCCUCAACUCUCUUAUCUCCCAGCUGCUUUAUCAAAUGUGAACUGACAUCUAUUGCCUCCACGCUGUGUGGCUUUUCAAUGCACCAGAGCACUUAAUAUAUUCUCAGUGUGUAUCUUACAUGUAAUUUAAUGCUGUGGAAUACAGCUCCUGUGUUGGUUGAAUGUACAAAAUGAUUUGCCUACAAUGUUCUCUUGUUAACCCUAAAAUGUGUAAAUAAAUCAGGCUUUACAGUAUUGGAUUAUAAGAAUAACGGCUCAAUUUUUCAUAAGCACUGUUGCAUGUCUAUUUAAUUCUAUUUGUCUUUUAGGUGAGACCUUUGGAAAUGAAACCUAAUAAAAGAUUUUGGUAAAACGUACAGAA